UAUGGACGGCGAGGUACCGCAGUUCUACGUGGAAGAGGUAUCUGAGAGAGAUCUUGAAGCGUUGUUGAGGCCCUGGGAGGCCGAAACAGAACCUGAACAGCAGCCAGAACCUGAAGGCGCAGCGGAGAACACCACUGCCCGCUUCGCGACUUUAGAUGGAGAACAACUGGACGAGAUAGAAGGGGGAAGGGUGGAGAAAACCACCGAGAAGUCUACUAGGUGGGGCGUCAAGAUUUUCAAAGCAUGGCUGCAGGCAAGAGACAAAAACACUGAAUUUGAGGAGCUGCCGGAAACAGAGUUGUCACAACUACUAAGGCAGUUCUACGCUGAAGUACGAAAAGACGACGGUACACCUUAUUCAAAGGUUCAAUAACUGUGGACAGGUACAUUUCAAUGGACCAGUCAGCUUUAACUUCAAGUAACUCAUGUAGCAGGGCAGAGUUUGGGGGGAGGGGGGCUGGUCACCAUAUACUUGCUGUAUAUGAAUGUGUUUAGGUAACAAUAAACAG